UAAGCGAUAAGAUAAUGAAAGGAUCGAUAAGAAUUUUUUAAGGAUCCGAUCUAGUUUAGAAUCUCGGAGUUAAUCGAUUGAGGGAAGUUCUAACGAUCGGUCGCCGGUGUAAAUUCGCCCUCGGACCAGUCUCUCGAAGAAUUUAUCGGAGCUAUUCAAUUCGCCUUCUUCUCAUUGGUCGAAUUAUGUCGCGUCGCAUCACUGAAAUCAUUUUCAAGUAUCCUGCUUAUACGGUCUAAUCCUCUGGCUCUCCAUUAUUAUCCCAUAUCCAUAGUACGAGGGGUUUCUUUUUCUAUCCCACCUUGUCGCCGAAAACCCCGAAUCCUUCAGUCGCAAUCUUCGGACGUUGACGUUGACACAAUGGCGACACCUCGAACCCUCGUUCGAAGCUUACAAACACUUCGACAUCCUUCUUUCCGAUCUAUAUCACAAUUGAGCCAGUCUACGCUUUCGACGAGGAGUAGGAUAAAGUUUAAUUCGCCGUUAAUACAUCGCUCUCGGGCCGUUGCUCCUUUAUUACGACAGUUUAGCACAUCUCCCUCACAUCAGCAUGGCCACAUACAUAAGCCUAAGGAGGGUGAAGAACUUUACAUAACGUUCAUAGAUAAGGACGAGAAGGAACACAAAAUAGCCGUGGCAGAGGGAGACAACUUACUCGACAUUGCGCAAGCGCACGACCUAGAGAUGGAGGGAGCUUGUGGAGGAUCAUGUGCAUGUUCUACAUGUCAUGUAAUAGUUCUCGACGAGGAUUUCUACGAAAAGAUGGCGGAGCCCGAAGACGACGAGAACGACAUGCUGGAUUUAGCAUUCGGCUUGACGGAGACGAGUCGAUUGGGUUGCCAGAUCACGAUGACGAAGGAGCUGGACGGGUUAAGAGUCAAACUACCCUCUAUGACGAGAAAUCUCCAAGCAAGCGAUUUCGGUUCGAAGUAAUGAAGGACAUUUUCUAACAAAGAUGCAAGGGCCCUUAAGAAAUGAAAUGAUGAAAUCGGUGCAUUGUACCAUACGACCGGGUGCAAAUUAACGGCGUGGUGGUAGCGUGAAAAUAGGCGUCUGGAUAGCUACUACUGAGCUAUAAAAUGUAUUAUACGUGCAACGGAAUAGCUGGCGUCGAUAGACCCGAACCCCAACUCUAACGAGGUUAUGUUCAUGAG